GAGCGCUGGACGGGGACCGCUGUGUGCUGCUCUGCACGUGGUGCGCCUGCCCGGCUCUUUGGCUUCUCCCUGCUCAGUUCGGUCCGAUCUGCGGGGCCGCAGCCUGCGGAGAUGCCGAAGACCAAGGCAGGGGCGAGCGUCCGACGUCACGAGCGACAGGAACAGCGCCGGGAGCUGCAGAGCAAGAGCGGCGGAGGACUUAUGUUCAACACCGGGCUUGGGCAGCACAUUUUGAAAAAUCCUCUCAUUGUUAACAGCAUCAUCGAUAAGGCUGCCUUAAGACCAACUGAUGUGGUCCUAGAAGUUGGACCUGGAACUGGCAAUAUGACUGUAAAGUUACUCGAAAAGGCAAAAAAGGUAAUUGCCUGUGAACUUGACCCAAGGCUUGUAGCUGAACUUCACAAAAGAGUUCAGGGCACACCUCAGGCCAGCAAACUUCAAGUAAUGGUGGGUGAUGUAUUGAAAGCAGAUUUGCCAUUCUUUGAUGCUUGUGUAGCAAACUUGCCUUAUCAGAUCUCUUCUCCUUUUAUCUUCAAACUCUUACUACACCGACCAUUUUUCAGAUGUGCUAUACUUAUGUUUCAAAGAGAAUUUGCUCUCCGACUGGUUGCAAAACCUGGAGACAAGUUAUAUUGCAGACUCUCAAUUAAUACACAGCUGUUAGCUCGUGUAGACCAUCUAAUGAAAGUUGGAAAGAAUAACUUCAGACCUCCCCCGAAGGUGGAAUCCAGUGUUAUAAGACUAGAACCUAAGAAUCCACCACCACCCAUCAAUUUUCAGGAAUGGGAUGGCCUUGUUAGGAUCACCUUUGUUCGGAAGAACAAGACCCUGUCUGCAGCGUUUAAGUCAAAUGCAGUACAACAGCUAUUGGAAAAAAACUACAGAAUUCACUGUUCGAUCCAGAAUACUAUAAUACCAGAAGAUUUCAGCAUAGCAGAUAAAAUACAGCAAAUCCUAACCAGCACAGGUUUCAGUGACAAGCGGGCCCGGUCCAUGGACAUAGAUGACUUCAUUAGACUGCUACACGGAUUUAAUGCAGAAGGUAUCCAUUUUUCUUAAGUAUCUGGAAACAAUCAAGUUCAAGAAACUGGAAUUAUCUAUGUUGGGGACCACACCUAGGGUGCUCAACGAACAUAAUGGUUCAAGGGAUCAAACCCAAACCUGGAUACAAAGCAUGAGUUCUAACUCUUGAGUCUGGAAUUCUGUAUUUUUAGUAAUGUGAGUAAAAUAGCCUGUUGCUUCUCUAAGAAACUAUGUGCUUAACUAUUCUUGAUUAAAUACUAUUGAUCUGAAAUUGUAAGGAAGUAAUUCUAAAUGCCCAAUUCUUUUUCAUUUAAUUUUUGUAACACAGUACAGGGUCAUCUAUACACAACAAUCUUCAAUGUUCAAGAGCCACAGACAUGCACAAGUUAUGUAUUUUAUCAAUAUAAAUCUAAUUAUAUAAAGAU